AAGUUCAGUGAGCGUUAUCACCGUUAUCCUCAUCAAUAUACCACAGUAGGCUUCACCAGGAGUAGGGGUGCUACUCACAUUUUGUUUGUUUUACCUUCACCACUAGACGAGAGUUAGUCUCCAGGAGCAAGCAGGAUGUCUGUGAGCAUGACCAAGACGGACGGGGUCACUGUGAUGACUUUGACCUCCGACCCCAAAAGUGCUUGUUCACCUCUAUGCCAAAUCUUCAAGGCCCUUUGCUACAGCCCCGUGUGCUGCUCUGUGUCUCAGCAGCUGAGGAGGGUGCAGAAAACUUCUCAGUCAGCACUGGGGGCUCUGCAGAUUAUGGUUGGCUGGCUCAACAUUGUCUUUGCAGCCAUCCUCUGGUGCGGUCAUGGCCCUUGGUGGAUAAUGGAUAUCAUGUUUCCUUUUUGGCUUGGAGGAUCUUUCAUAUUUUUUGGCAUCAUGUGCAUUUUGUCUGAGAAAUUUCCCAGUCGAUGUCUGGUCAUCAUCAACGUGAUUCUGAAUCUGACAGGAGUUGGUUUUGCCAUCACAGCCAUUGUACUGUACUCCAUCAGUGUGGCAGAAAGUGAUUGGGAGUUGUGGGGAAAGUGCAGAGAUUACAGUUAUAACUACUGGUAUGGUCAUCAUGCAAGUAGGACGGCAAGUCCAUCUCCCGAGAAGCUGUUCAUGAAGGAGAAAUGCUUGGAGGCACAAGCUCUGAUUCUUAUGCUUAUUAGAAGCAUGAAUGCUGUGAUGAUCAUCUUGUCGGCCCUUGAGCUCUGCCUCGUCAUCAGCUCUGUUGUCCUGGGGAUCAAAGCCCUGAAGAGCAGUCAGAAGGGAGAAAACAAGGUAGACACUGAUGAACCAGAACACUACAAACCACUUCUGGAGGAGGUCACCACUUACCCUGUAGUCUAAAUGAAAAUCUGUAAGACUGUGCAUUUACACCACUGACUGUAAACACAAUCAGCCAUAAGGUCUGGGGUAUGUUUUCCAUCAGGGGUUGCUUAAAAAUAUUUGCAUUUAUAAUUUUGAUUAUAAUCUAUACUAGAUUGUAUGUGCUGCUCUCCAUAUUAUCCUCCACUGCUGUUUUUUUAAAAACUCCUAUUGGUUAUGAUUUUCUGUGCCAAGUGCCUUAGGUGACAGGAAGGUACCUGCAUGUAUAAUGUGGUAUUGUUUGACAGGGUUUUGGGCGUUUUUUCUCCAUAUAAUUAUUAUUUUAUGAUAUUAAGCCACAUGUAUUUCUAUAUAUGAAACAUUAAAGGGACAUUUUAUCAGUUUAAUAACUAUUUGUGCUCUUUAAUCUCAAAUUAUAGCAAUGGCAAUAAAGAAAUGCUGUCAUGUGAAGUGAGAAAUUAAAUUAAAGCCACUUUUUGCUCAGUAGUGUCAAUCCAGCUGAUGUGAAUGCAGUUUUAUCUGUACCAGUAUGAAUACACUGUACUUUUUGAUUGAGUUUUACCUUUUUUGGUAUCAAUCUGAAACCUGUAUCAGAGGAAGAUAUUUGAAUCAUGUUAUCUAUCUAUCAGUUUAUUAAGAAGAGAAGUUUCAACAAGGAAAUUGUACAAAGUCAUCAGUUUCUUCUAUAUAAAUCCCCUUAUUGUGUUAUUUGUCAGGUCAGUAAUGUUGAGUUCAGUAUAUGUCACUGUUUCUUUAGUUGACCUCAGUUUGAUUUAAAGGGUCCUAGUUUUGAAAUAGUUUUUUCCUUGACACAUACCGUGCCUGGUUGGACUUGAUCAUCAGGUAAUGAAACACUGUGGCUCCUGCUUAUUUACAGUUUUGCCACAUCUGAACUGUUAGUCUGUUAAUCUGCAGUACAUUUGGUUAAACUUGUAUUAAUCACUUGUUAAACUAACUAAAACUAAACUGAAAUUUAAAAAAAGCAAACUGAAAAACAAAAUGAACUAUGAUAAUAAUAAUAAUACAUAAACAAAACUAUAGUGACCUUGGUAUUCACAGAGGUCCAAAAAGCAUAAACAUGCAACAGCCACAUGACAAUGUGAUCAAUAUACCACAUCAUCCCCCCUCAGCAUAGAAUGACAUUUCACAUAAAACAUCCCAUAUAACAAAUGGCAAUGUUAAUAAACAUGUUCUCAUAAUUUUUCUUACCAUUAAUUGUCUUGUCAUAAAAGA